UUGGCGGAUCCAGCAUUUUACUAUCCGGAUCCAGAUUCGGUCCCUCUGGAUAUCCGGAUUUUCGGAUCGGAUCCGGAUCGAAUCUCGGAUCGAAUCCGGAUCUCGGAUAAAAGUCCCAGGCCUACUAUAUAUGUUUUGUGAGCUAAGAUGAGUUUGAUAUAUUAGCAACUUUUGAGAGAAAAAAUAAUAUAAAUCUUAGGGAUACUGAUUAUAUAGUUUGUAAUCAAGAAGCUCACCGUCACUAUAGCUGCAAAUCGUGUUGAGAGGUAUGUGAUAUUGUUUAAUGUCUUACCUGUACAAUAAAUAAUACUCCCUCCGUUUCGGAAUAAUCCUAGAGUUUUCACGCUUAUUAAGAAAACAUGUAAAUUUUUGAUAAUAAAUGUAUUACUUUCCGUGUUUAGCUAUUUCCUAUGAUUUUUAACCAAUCAAAAUUCAGUAAACAGAAUUAAUGUUUUUGAAAUUUACAAUUUGACAUUUUUACAUACAUUGAAAAUGUAAAAUAUUGAUCUUUUAGAAACAAAAUAUUUUUCUAAAACAUGGAUCAUUUAAAAAUGGAAGGAGUAUGUCUGUUAACGAAAUCUUUUUUGUUUUAAAUUGAAGCACCAAUUGUGCAGGUCAUGCAUUGCUUUGCUUUCUUUUUGUGUUACUUGAAACAAGAUAAAAUUUUGUUUUCUGUUACAAAGUUUAGUCUCCAGAAAAACAGAAUGGCUAUAGGAAUUCAAUCGUUUUUAACUACCUUUUCGAUAAAUUAUAUAAUUAGUAAAUCACACAGAUAAGAGAAAAAAAACAGAACAAAACAAACUAAAAAAAGGACAUAGGUUUAGGGAGGGUUUAGAGAACAUUUGCCCUUAAAUAAGACAGAUUCAACAUUUGUUUUCCUUUGGCUCUCUCUUUGAGAAAGUUCCAUAAGUCCCACAGCCAACAAGUCGCUCUUGAAUUGAAUCUCAAACCCUAAUUAAACCUGCCCUGCACGAUUCUGAUGUUAUUCUAUAUUAAUUUCUUCAGCUGUAAGGCUUUGAAUAAGUCUGUAAAUAAUCAUAUUUUAUUUUGAAAAUUUCAACAGAAACCCCCAAAAAAUAUAGUUUUUGUUACAUUAUAAAGUUGGAGUUGCCGGCAAGUUAUGACAGCCGGAGGCUGUUUGGACAUCCAAACAAUGUUGUUCGGUCGUAAAUCAUCGAGCAAGUUACAGCCAGUAAAAAGCCAAGCGUCACCUAAAGUUAGCAAGGUUAAGAAGCAGGAUGAUAAAUCUUCUUCUUCUUCUUCACCAGAACCUUCUUCACCUAUACCGAUUAGAUCAUCUAAGACAGUAUUAUCUGGGAGCCAACUAUCAUCAUCAUCAUCAAGACGUGUUUCUUCGCCUAUGGGCAUCCUAAAGAAUGUUUCUAUUAGAGAAGCUAAGAGCCCAAAGACAACCAGCUCACCUAAAUGGACAGGAAACUUUAUUCUUAUGGUCGAGCUUCGCAGAAAGAUUGUUACCUUUAGAGACAUCAUUGACCUUGCUCCUCUCGAGGGUUCUCCUUCAAUAACCGAUAUGGUGAUGCAUACAAUGAAAGAUCUCCAAAAUCUUUGUCCUGAGAUUAUCCGCAGCUCACAUAUCUCUGAAAUUAGACGUGCAAAUGUCGAUAAGGUUCUUGACCAUUUCUUCAAUGCUUUGAAAUCCAUUGGAGAUUCAUGGAUCGAUAACCCGGAAUGGAUAGCUAAAUCUAAGUAUUGGAGUAGCAGCGUUGGAAAGAAUCAGUCCGAUCGACUAGUGGAAAAGGUGUUAGCAGCAUUAGAUGGACUGAUCAAGAUGUCAAAAGAGAGGUUUGAUAUGAUGGAGAUUGAUGAAGAAGAAGAGAAUAAAGAGUUGACUAGUCCAAGGACUGCCAUAACAUCGAGCAGUCGAGUUUUAUCUCCAUCUGAUUCAUUCUCCGAUAACAGAAGCUCAUUCUGCGGCUCACCAAUCACACCAAGAUCGGUCCUUCCAGAACCAAUGAUGAUGGGUUCGCCUGGUAAAGUUGGAGACUUUGCAAACUCUGCAUCACAUCUUCUGUGGAAUAUGAGAGUUCAAGCACUUGAGAAGCUCAGUCCUAUCGAUGUUAAGCGGCUCGCUAUUCACAUUUUGUCACAGAAAGAAGCUCAGGAACCAAACCAAAGCAAUGGAGAAGAAGAGGUUAAUGUUGUUGAAGAGAACAAGAUGAAGACGAAUGACAUUGAUGUGAACAUGGAGACAGAAGAAUCUGUUGUUCUUGAUAAGCAAGAAGAUACAUUCAUGAAAGUCUCUACACUGGAUUCAACAUCUGAAUCCAAACUCAAUGUUUCAGUGAAAUCUGAAGUUGCACCAGCAUCUUUGUCACCCCCACCACCUCCUCCUCCUCCUCCUCUAUCCACUAAAAAAUCUGUAUAUUUAGCUUCUCAACCGCCACCACCACUGAUUGCAAAGGCUGACGUGGUGGCCAUAAUAUCAAUCCCACCUCCUCCGCCACUGCCACCAUCUCCACCUUCCAUUAUGCCUUUACAAGGCUCUAUUCCACCACCACCACCGCCUCCUCCUCCAGCAGCUGUGGCGGCCCCACAACCGCCGCCUUCACCUCCAAGAACCACAGUGGCGCCACCACUGCCUCCCCCACCUCAAGGGACUGCAGCUGCACCACCACCACCUCCUCCUCCUCCUCCACCGAUGCAAAACAUAGUACCACCACCUCCACCAAUGCCUAUAUCGAAUAGAGCCGGUGGUGGACCACCGCCUCCACCACCACCUCCUAUGGCAAAGGGAGCCUCACCUCCUCCGCCACCGCCUCCUAUGGCAAAGGGAGCCUCACCUCCUCCGCCACCACCUCGAAUGGCAAACGGAGCAGCACCGCCUCCUCCACCACCUCGAAUGGGUGUGGCAAACGGAGCAGCUGGUCCACCGCCACCUCCAGGAGCAGCAAGAAGCUUGCGACCCAAGAAAGCAGCUACUAAACUAAAAAGGUCCACCCAGUUAGGGAACCUAUACAGAAUCCUUAAAGGGAAAGUAGAAGGUCGUGAUCCCGAGGCAAAGAAAGGUAGCGGAAGUGGAAGAAAAGCCGGAGUCGGAAGCGCUCCCGCCGGCGGAAAGCAAGGAAUGGCUGAUGCUCUUGCAGAGAUCACAAAGAAGUCUGCAUAUUUUCAGCAGAUUCAAGAAGAUGUUGCUAAAUACAUGAAAUCAAUCAAUGAGCUGAAGGUUGAGAUCACUAAGUUCCAGACUAAAGACAUGACUGAGCUUCUUAGCUUCCACCGCCGUGUCGAAUCAGUUCUUGAAAAUCUUACAGAUGAGACACAGGUUCUUGCGCGAUGCGAAGGGUUUCCACAGAAGAAACUUGAAGCAAUAAGAAUGGCUGUUGCAUUGUACUCGAAGCUGCACGGAGUGAUCACCGAGCUACAGAACUGGAAGAUAGAACCUCCUUUGGUUCAGCUUCUUGAUAAAGUAGAACGCUACUUCACAAAGAUCAAAGGAGACAUCGAUACGCUGGACCGAACCAAAGAUGAAGAAGCUAAGAAAUUCAAGAGCCACAACAUCCACUUUGACUUCAAUAUACUUCUUCAGAUCAAGGAGACAAUGGUUGAUAUCUCAUCAAACUGCAUGGAACUCGCAUUGAAGGAAAAGAGAGAUGAAAAGCUUGUGUCACCUGAUGCAAAGCCUAGCAUUAAGAAGACAGUAGGAUGUGCUAAAAUGUUGUGGAGGUCAUUUCAGUUUGCAUUCAAAGUCUACACAUUUGCUGGAGGACACGACGAUCGAGCUGAUUCUUUAACCAGAGAGUUGGCUCAUGAGAUCCAAACUGAUACUCAGAACCCUUGAUGAUUCCAUCGUUUUGAAUCAUCACAGUUACCCAACUACUAAUCCUUUUUGCCUUUCUAAACACCUAAAAAUAUUCCAAAAUGUUUGAUAUGGAAUGAUAAAAAAUAAAAGUAUAUGUAUAAUAUUUAACCUAUUGUUUUGGCUUUGAGUUUGUAAUUUUGAAGCCCACCCAAAAAGACUAGGAUUUAGAGGUUUCAUGGGAGCUCAGAGGUGCAGAGUUUUUUAGUGAAAACCUAUAAAAACCUUUUGAGUCAAGGAAGACCAUUGUGUUGCCACAAUAUGUAAUAUGGUUUUGUUG